AUGCGCGAUGCCGGGCGCAGUUGGAACGAAAUUGCAAAGACUUUCCCCACACGGACUGAGGGCAGUGUAAAGAAACAUUGGUAUAAGACUGACCUCGCCUCGCAUCAGGAUAUGCAUUACGCCGAGUUUGCAGAGGAUGAGUCUGUGAAACUCCGUGAAGCUAUCAAAGAAUAUGAAGCCAAUAAGUGGAAGGUCAUUGGCCAGAAAGUUGGAAAGCCUGCCAAGGCAUGCGAGCAAUACGCAAAGGAACAUUUCAAGAACUUGUAA